UUUCAGCGUCGCAAAUAUGGGAUGAAUUUGCGUGCAGUGUUGUGGUCACGCCUUACUUUGGGUGUUGUAUCAGUUAUAUUCUUACUAUUUUAUACCGCUCAGUACAAAAAAUAUCGCUCAAACUAUGCCUAUUUAUCUGACAAAUGUUCGAAAUUAAUGGUGCAUUCGGGUGGUUUGAGUGCUCAAUUACAGUUGUUAAUGGAGCGAAACCAUCGAGCCGAAAAACUGUUGACUGAUUUGCGCGUUAGAUAUAAUCAAGUUAUGAUAGAAAACAGUGGAAAACGACAUAAUGUUCAAGCACAAUGGUUAGCUUGCAAGGAAACGUUAAAAAAGUGUUUGGCUGGAGUAAAAACGGGUGAAAAACAAUUCAGUAGUGGAAAAGAUACCAAUCUCCAAAGUCACUUUUUUCAGUGUCAGGCGGACCUGCAGGAAUUCAAAAAGCAAACUGAAGAACUUAAAGAGGAAGCAAAGAAUAUUUCGACUAUAAAAAGUGAAUGUGAGAAGCUAUUAAUCAAUUCGCAGUUAACUCAAUCACCAAAACCAAAUUAUGUUCAAAAUGGAAAAGUGCAUUUUAAACGUUUGGAACAUUUGAAUGAAGAGCUUGAAUUUCGACGCAAUCCAAUUCCACCUCAGUUACCGACUCUUUUAUCCAAAAAGGAGUUGCUUUCAAGACUGUCUAAACGAAAUGAACAUAAGAAACAAAUUCCCGAUAAUGUUGCUGAAAUAAUUGAUAUCCCAGAACACGAAUACAAGGAUUAUAAAGAUGCGCGAUGAUGAAGGAAUCGAUCGGAAACCUUUUGCAGUAUUCUACAUAAUUUAAAACAUACUUUUUAUUCUCUUUUCUGGAUCUAUCUAAUUAUGACAUGAAAUUCUAGAGUACUUCUAAGUCUGAAUUCACAUUUUCUCAACUGUUCAUAUUCAUUUAGUUCUUUGAUCCCUAAACUAUUAAUUCUUAUCUGAAGACCCUAUGAUUUCUGUAGAACUUGGUGCUACGGCAUCUUUUAUUUUGCUCUGUUGAAGAAAGUUUCCG